UUCUAUGUUACUUCACAAGUCAGAUACCUACGUAUUUAUAACAUCUGUCGCAUCAUUUGUGAACUGAUAUUUCUCUUUGAUCAAGUAGAAGGGCAGAAGACUUGUGUGAGAUGCAUACAAACCUUUCACUUGCCAGCACUAGCAUACCGAAUAUAACAAGAAGCUCAUGAUAUUUUAAGUUUUGAAAGAUAUGAUUUUAUCUGUUGAAAACAUAACAAUUUCAAAAUUUUCACUUUAAGAGAUAGUUUUUAGGGAUUUCAUCAAGAAUCAAGUACACGUUAUUCAUUUCAAGCAGCUAGCCCGUCAUGUUAGUAUGGCAGAGUGUGCUGGAGACAUCAUAGACAGUAACCAAAUGAAAGGCUGCCUUGGUGUGAUUGACAUUCAACUACCUCAUGAGCUGAAAAAGAAGGCAGAAGAGGAGCUUCAGGAAAAAGAAGAAUGGCGGGACAGGGACAUAGCUGCACUCAGAGAUCUUGUAUCAGAGGACACAGAACUGAACUCAAGAUUGGAUGACGAAUUUCUGCUCAGAUUUCUACGUGCUCGUAAAUUUGACUACGACUGUAGCUUUCAAAUGGUGCAGCAGUACUACUGGACGCGUGCCCAGAACCGGCACCUGUUCGACGGCCUGCGGCCGUCGGCCUACCAGCGCGUUUUCGAGCGAGACCUGCAGCUAGUGCUGCCACAACGCGACCACAACGGCUGUCGCAUUUUCAUCUUCAGGCCCGGAGCCUGGGACCCGUCCACUUGCAGCAUGGAUGAUAUCUUCUGCACGAACGUGCUUUGUCUAGAGCACGUAGCCCGCGAGCAGGCCACGCAGGUGUGCGGCGUCGUAGCCAUUCAGGAUUUCACCGGGUUCGGAUUUCACCACAUGAGACACUUCACGACCGAGCACAUCCGGAGGAUGAUCUCAAUACUGCAGGGCAGCUUUCCCCUCCGUUUUAAAGGCUUCCAUUUUGUAUUCGAGCCCAAGAUUUUCUACUGGGCUUUUGCGGCUGUGAAGCCUUUCCUCAGCAAGAAGCUGGCUGACCGGCUGUUCUUCCACGGCAGCAACCUCAAGUCUCUGCACGCACACUUCUCACGCGCCAUCCUGCCGCGCGAACUGGGCGGCUCGGCUCCCAGCUACUGCAGCGCCGACCUGCUGCAGCAGCUGCUGCGUGACGAGCAGUACUUCGUCGAGCACAACCGGCACGGGUACGGGGUCAGCGCAGCCGGCGUGACGGAUGCGGCCGCCUCGUCCCGCGCCCGUUUCUACCCGGGCACAUUCUGCAUGCAGACGGGCGACGACUAGGAGGCGGCGGCGGCGGUGUUGGUCCCGUCAGACAGGCGGGCAGCUGCCUCACCGCCCGCCGGCGUGUGGUGACUGUUACGGAGGGGUGGGGAGAGACCCCCGGUUGUCCAGCGUGGUCAGCGGGACCGACGGUUGUCCAGCGCGGUCAGCAGGGGCCGCCGGCUGUCCAGCAUGGUCAGUGGGAACCACUGGAUAUUCAAGCUGGUCAGAAAGGACCGCCGGCUUUCUAGGCUGCUCAGGAGAGACCACCGGCUUUCCAGACUGCCUAGGAGGGACCACCGGUUUUGCAGACUGCUCAGGAGGGACCACCGGUUUUCCAGACUGCUCAGGAGGGACCACCGGUUUUCCGGACUGCUCAGGAGGGACCACCGGUUUUCCAGACUGCCCGGGAGGGACCACGGGCUGUCGCCCUGGCCAAAGAGUUCAUGACUGACUGCCAACUCAGCCGGAGAGGAAACUGACUGGGGCGGCCGCACCUUGGGGUGCUGGCCGAGACGCGCCAUGGUCUGUCAAGGCGAGCUCGCGCAGUGGCAGUCUGAUAGGUUUCCGCACGCCGUACACGCUAUGUUAAUCACAUUUUGUACAUUUCCUGUCUCGAAUACGGGGCGACCUCCGGUGGGGAACUUCGGGUGAAGUGUUAUAUGUCGUUACCUGAGUAGGGCUGGCAACCCUCCGUAUUUAUCACGCCGCUGGGAUGUCACCGGUAAGCAUAAUCGUGAGGCGAGAAAUCAAGGUGAAUUCGUGAUGAGCUGCUACCCGUCAAGCGUACAAAUAAGGUGCCGGACCGCCUCCUCUGGGAUCAUGUGCCAACGCGUGGGUACGGCCGCCCCGGCCCGCGGGCUCUACACCGGUGCGCGUCUUCGCUGUGGGGUCGUGGCGUGCAUGAUGUGGCCUGGGCAAUAGUUCCCUGCGUCCUGUGGGAGUGCUCAUAGGAUGAGCGGUUCAAGCUCUCCGGUCUGUGGGGCUGAUUGAGGCCCACGUUUCUGCCUUUUGUACCUACUUAUCUACUUAUGAUCGCCGUGAGAAUUGUAUGUGAGGCUAUUUCAACUCGAUUUGUUUCCUAUGGUAAAUUUUUAAGUGACAGGGGCGAGAUCACACGUCAGUAUUCUGCUGCGCCUGGAAUCUUCUUGGAGGCGGGCGUGAUUUAUGCUUGUCUCAAUGUUAUAUUUAUCGCCUGUUGAUGUACUCUGGUUGAUAUGAUGAGGAACAGUGCACCGGGUUUUAUGCCUGUUACUGGUGGAGCGCAUACCCCC